AUGAGUUGUCAGAUCUCGUACAAAUCCCAUGGAAGAGGAGGAGGAGAAGGUGGAGGAAGAUUCUGGGGCUUCAGCAGUGGCUUGGCUGUGGUCUCUGGUGGGAGCCGGAGAUGGGUCAGCUUCUCCUGCUUGAGCUGCCAUGGUGGUGGCAGAGGGGGCUUCAGUGGAGGCGGCUUUGGCAGCCGGAGUCUUGUUGGCCUUGGAGGAACCUAGAGCAUCUCCAUUAGUGUGGCUGGAGGAGGUGGAAGCUUUGGUUCCAGUGGUGGAUUUGGUGGCAGAGGAAGUGGCUUUGGAGGAGGCAGUGGCUUUGGAGGUGGCAGUGGCUUUGGAGGUGGUGGUUUUGGUGGAGGAGGCUUUGGUGGAGGCUACUUUGGAGGUGGUGGUGGCUUUGGAGGCUUUGGGGGCCCUGGUGGCUCUGGGCCUGGAGGAUUCCCUGGUGGAGGUAUCCACAAAGCCUCCGUCAAUAAGAGCCUCCUGCAGCCUCUCAACGUGAAAGUUGAUUGGGAGAUUCAGAAUGUGAAGUCUCAGGAGUGGGAGCAGAUCAAAACACUCAACAACUAAUUUGCCUCCUUCAUUGACAAGGUGCGGUUCUUGGAGCAGCAGAACCAGGUGCUGCAGACAAAAUGGGAGCUGCUGCAGCAGAUUGAUGUCCAUAGCUGCACCGCCAACCUGGAUCCCAUCUUCCAAGCGUUCAUCGACACCCUGAAGAAAUACAUGGAUGGGAUCUCUGCAGAAAGGGCAUCACAAGAUUCUGAGCUGAGCAACAUGCAAGAUUUUGUUGAGGAUUUUAAGAAAUAUGAGGAUGAAAUCAACAAGUGCACAUGUGCUGAGAAUGAAUUUGUGAAACUUAAAAAGGACGUGGACAAUGCCUACAUGAUCAAGGUGGAGCUGCAGGCCAAGAAAGAUGUGCUGAAUCAGGAGCUGGAGUUCCUGAAAGUCCUCUUUGAUGUGGAGCUGUCCCAGAUGUAGCAGAGUAUCACCAACAUCAACGUUAUUCUGUCCAUGGACAACAACUGAAACCUGGACCUGGAUAGCAUCAUUGCCAAGGUCCGGGCCCAGUACGAGGAGAUUGCUCAGAAGAGCAAAGGCAAAGCUGAAGCUCUGUACCACAGCAAGUACGAGGAGCUCCAGAUUACUGCUGGGAAACAUGGAGACAGCCUGAGAGAGAUCAAGGUGGAGAUCAGUGAGCUGAAUUGCAUGAUCCAGAGACUGAAAGGGGAAAUCGCCCACAUGAAGAAGCAGUUUAAGAAUGUGCAGGAUGCCAUUGCAGAUGCUGAGCAGAAGGGAGAACAUGUCCUCAAGGAUGCCAGGCAGAUGCUCUCAGACUUGCAGGAGGCCCUGCAGCAGGCUAGAGAGGACCUGGCCCAGCUACUGUAUGACUACCAGGAGCUGAUGAACACCAAGUUGGCCCUGGACGUGGAGAUCGCCACCUACAGGAAGCUGCUGGAAGGUGAGGAGUGCAGGAUGUCUGCAGACCAGAGCAGCAACAUGACUGUGUCUGUGACAAGCAGCACUGUUUCUUCAAACGUGGCAUCCAAGGUAGGCUUUGGAGGCCGUGCGUCUGGAGGAAGAGGGUCUAGUUCUGGUGGAGGAGGAUAUAGCUCUGGAAGUAGCUGUUAUGGCUCAGGAGGCAGAGGAUCUAGCUCCAGAGGUGGCAGUGGUGGCAGCUAUGGCUCUGGAGGUGGCUCCAGAGGAGGUUUUGGCUCUGGAGAAGGAUAUAGCUCUGGAGGUGGCUCCAAAGGAGAUUCUGGCUCUGGAGGUGGUUCCAGAGGAGAUUCUGGCUCUGGAGGGGGAGGUUCUAGCUCUGAAAAGGGUGAUUAUGGCUCAGGUGAAAGUUAUGGUUCCAGGGUGACCUUCUCUUUCAGAUAA